UACACCAAAAACAGGAUGACUAUCUCCCAUAACAAUGUUAACACCAACAACUUCACCACCCCAAAAUCUUCCAACAACUCCAUAGCCUAAUGCUUAUCCUCUGUAUUUAAGGAGCAAGUUUUAUAACGUCUGGCAUAUUAAUCAAAAAAGCCUUACUCCAGCUAUUCAUUAGAGAAUAAAAAAAAAGACUCUCACACUACUAAAUGUUCAAGCAACAAUCUCUACUUUUCAUUACAAUGCAAAUUGCAACAGUCUACAUGGGGACAUAUUUGGCAGCAGGCGACCCAGUAGCAGCAACAGCAGAAGAACCCAUCCUUGAGUUCUACAUGCAUGAUAUCCUUGGGGGAAGUAGUCCCACAGCAAGGCCAAUAACUGGAUUACUUGGAAACAUCUAAAGUGGUCAGGUACCUUUUGCUAAACCAGUGGGAUUCAUCCCCCCACAAGGUGGAGUUGCAAUCCCCAAUGAUAAUGGUGCUAUUCCCUCAGUCAAUGGCAUCAAUGGUCUCCCAUUGGGAACUGGCUUAGCUGGCACAGCUUUCGCCGGCAAUCAAAACCAAAAUGGUAAGCCUCAGAUCCCUCUAGGACCAGAUGGUUUGGGACUAGGCUUCGGAACAAUCACAGUUAUCGAUGACAUACUCACUGCCAACCCUGAUUUGGGGUCACAGGCAAUAGGGAAAGCUCAAGGAGUUUAUGUGGCUAGCUCUGCAGAUGGAACAACCCAAAUGAUGGCAUUCACAGCCAUGAUUGAAGGCGGUGAAUACAACGACAACCUCAACUUCUACGGAGUGUACAAGAUUGGAAGCACCAUGUCGCACAUAUCCGUCAUUGGUGGAACAGGAAAGUUUAAGAAUGCUUGUGGACUUGCUGAGGUUCGACCACUUAUACCACCUGGUCAACAUGUCACUGAUGGUGCUGAGACAUUGCUGAGGAUCACCGUCCAUCUCAAAUAUUAA